UUAAAUGAGAACCUAAUUCCCUGUAUAAACUUUUACCAAAAAAACACGAUAAAAUAUUAAAAAAAGAAAAAAAGAGUGCCCUAUAACAUGAGAGAUUUUUUAAGGACCCACAUUGAGCUGCUCCAUCUGUUCUGAGGGGUGAAUUUAGCAAAAAUCCCUCCCAUUGCUUUUCUCUUUGUGGCAGCCUUGUGGCCUGCAGAAGGUCCUUGUGGUCCUGUUGACCUUCGACAGGAGCCAUUAUUUCUGUUCUGUUGGGAUUCAUAUUCAUAAUUCACAUUGUUUUGGAGGAGAGGACUGUGGCCAAGGUGGGAAGGCCACCCCUGUGCCUUAGGUCUGGUCUGAUUGUGAAGUCAUUGGCGACUCUGUCCCCUGGGGCCGUGCAGCCUCUGGGGCCAGGCAGUGUUUUUCGGUACUGUUCUUUAGUUUUUGUAGCCUUGUAAUUUUUACUAUUGCACGUAAAUUAUAACAUUUGUAAGUUGUAUAAAGUUCUCAAGGACAUAGAUGAGCCUUGAAAACAUUAUUGUAAGUGAAAUAAGUCAGACACAAAAGGACAAAUAUUGUAUGAUUCCACUUAUAUGACAUACCUGGGAUAGGCAGAUGCAUAGAGAUAGAAGUAGGUUAGUGGUUACCAGAGGCUAGGAGGAGGGGGAAUAGGGAAUGGACUGCCUCAGGGGUACUGAGUUUCUGUUUGAGGUGAAGAAAAACUUUUGGACAUAGGUAGCGGUGAUGGCUGCAUAACAUGGUGAAUGCAAUUAAUGUCACUGAAUUGUACAUUUAAAAAUGGUUAAAAUGCAAAAACAUAUAUUUUACCAGAACAGAAUUUUUUUAAGUAUGAAGAAUAAUACAGCAAACAGCCAUGUAUCCACAAAUCCUAGAGGUUUUAAGGUUUAACAAAAUAUGUUUAGCAUUAUCAGUGAGGCUGACUUUUCUAAACGUAUGCGCCGCAUCAUCACAGUUUUGCUGUUGCCUUGUGCCCAGAUUCCCGCAGCAGCAUCCUUCUGACUUCUCUCUGCCUGUGGGGUCUCCCUAUCCCUAUAUUAGCCCAAACACACACACACUGGUCCAUCAGUCUUCCUGAAACUCUCCUCAUGCUGACAUGUUUUAAAAGGACACCAGUGCACGGUUUUAGAGACAUUAAAUCAGAGCCCAGGGACCAAGACACGUGGAACCAGUCCCACCAUCGCCCAGCCCCAAGAAUGGAGGGAGGAAGCAGGCCAGUGCUGCCAACUCACCCUGCUGUCAGUGUGGGGGUGUGCCCUGCAGGCAGUAGCACUGUGGCCAGGGAGGUUGCAGCAGAUUGCUGUUUUCCUCAUGGGUGGUUGGUGAGGGGGAAGAAUUAGUUCAGCUUAUUUAGCAAGAGGUUAUUGGCCCUGGCCAUGGCCCAUAUCCUGCUCAGGUGCACCUUGGAUUCAGGUUUCUGUUUUGAUAUUUUCUCCAGUCUUUUUCAAGGUUGUAUAUGUAUUUUUUAAUGUAAAUUUUUAGUAAUAGGGUUCUCUUCUAAUUGAAGUUACACUAAUUCAGUCUUACAGGUAAGAAUUAACACUACAGAAGACAGGUGGGUAUCACAUCUCCCAUUGACUGCACCAACACUGUCAGUACAUGGUGGCCAAAAGUUAACUUCUGGAAACAAGAAAGAAUUUUUGUUUUAUGCUGCCAAAAUGCUGCUUAGUUCAGGCUGAAAUGGUAGAGAGGACGGUAGCUUCUAAAUGUGGUCUCCAGGUCAGAACAGGUAGGGAGAACAAGCACGUGGCCACAACAGAAAAGUUAUGCUUUGAUUUUAAAUAUUAGUGAUGUGUUCAGGACCUAUAGCACACACACCCCCAAAUAAAAAAUGUUAACAGCAGCAGUUCAGGGACUCCUCACUAUGCUAGACCCUUCCCCCUAGUGUUCUCCUCACUCCUGGCCACUCUGAGGUGAUCGGAAGUGUCCAUCCCACUCUGGAUUGAGAGAAAAGGCUUUGGAUUUUCUUGAAACCCUCAUGACUUGGGGAGGGAGCCCCAGUACCUGCUGUCUCAAGCCCCUAUGGGCAGCUGCAAUCAGCCCAGGCUUCUACCUGCUUUCUGUCUUGGAGAACUCACAAAGUUUUCUUUGCAUUGUGGAUUUUUCAUAACUCUUCUUGUCAAUAUACUUAGCUGACACGCAUAAUUGAUCAAAAUGGAGAUCAUUUAGUGUUGUUUUAUCUAUGUGACCAUUUCUCUUACUUGAGGCGCUCAUACAUGUUUUAGAAAUGGGGUGUCCAGCUUAAGCCUAAGGAACAGUAACUUUCCUUCUAAUGGACUAAGAUGUGUUAGAGACCAGGCAGCAGAACACCUGUCUCUAGUGUUGGUGUUUCUGCACUUUGUGAGAAUGUGCUCACCUGGUGCCAGGGCUGGCCCCAGAGUGCUGUGUCCCUAGUCCCCCCAGGCCACAUCGCUGUACCUUAACCCAGCCUGUUAGAGGAGCUCACCCACUACAGCUCCUUUCCUUGAGUCUUGUGUUCCCUUUUAGUUUGGGCUGCUCCAGGGCCAACAGGUUUCCCCAACCAUAGCUGCAUACUCAGAAAUGACGUGCCCGUAGGCUGUGGGAACUCUUCUCAGCUCAUUUGGGGAAUCUUGUAUCUUCUUUCGAUGCUUGUUCUAUAAGAGAAGUAGGUUAUUUUGUCUUACAAGUAUAAAACAAACAUUGGAUAUACAUUUUCACUGUAAUCCUCCUUUGCAUCCAGAUUCUCAUCUAUCCCAAUCUGUGCUUGAUAUUCCAGGUCCCCACAGAUUCAGUGUUACUGUGGAGGCUGCAGCAACAUUUGUCUUAGAACUUACCUGACCCUAAACCUGCCAGCUUUCAUUCUGAUGCCCAUUCGUUCAGAUGUGCUUUAAACUUGGUGUCUCUGGACUGUGCCAUGGCUCCUUCUCAACGUCUCACAUGCAGGGAGUAAUGUUAAACCUCUACGGGCUUCACAAUUCAGCUUCUUUUAUGGAGUGCUGUAAAAAAUGGCAACGCGUUGGCAUCUGACCGCCUCUAACUUCAGGAUGGGGAGGAGAGAGAAUCAAGAUCAACAUCAGCCCAAAGAUGAUUCCUAUGAAGCAUAGAGUGUCCUGGCCCUUGUAAGCUGAGGAGCUGAGGCCGGACAGAGGGGGACGCGUGGACAGACGGAGGACGCGCUGGCCGCUGGACCCCGCUGCCUCCCCCGUCUCUCCGCUGCCCGCGCCCGGAGGAUGAGCCCAGCCUUCAGGGCCAUGGACGUGGAGUCCCGCACCAAGGGCAUCCUGCUGGAGCCCUUUGUCCACCAGGUCGGGGGGCACUCGUGCGUGCUCCGCUUCAACGAGACGACCCUCUGCAAGCCCCUGGUCCCGAGGGAGCACCAGUUCUACGAGACCCUCCCAGCCGAGAUGCGCAAAUUCACUCCCCAGUACAAAGGUGUGGUGUCUGUGCGCUUUGAAGAAGAUGAAGACAGGAAUUUGUGUUUAAUAGCAUAUCCAUUAAAAGGGGACCACGGAACUGUGGACAGUGUAGACAAUUCAGACUGUGAACCAAAAAGUAAACUCCUAAGAUGGACAAACAAAAAACAUCAUGUUUUAGAAACUGAAAAGACCCCCAAGGACUGGGUGCGCCAGCACUGGAAAGAGGAGAAGGUGAAGAGCCAUAAGUUGGAAGAAGAAUUUGAGUGGUUAAAGAAAUCUGAAGUCUUGUACUACAGUGUAGAAAAAAAGGGAAAUGUGAGUUCCCAGCUUAAACACUAUAACCCUUGGAGCAUGAAGUGUCACCAGCAGCAGUUACAGCGAAUGAAGGAGAACGUGAAGCAUCGGAACCAGUACAAAUUUAUUUUGCUGGAGAACCUGACCUCUCGCUAUGAGGUACCUUGUGUCCUGGACCUCAAGAUGGGUACACGCCAGCAUGGUGACGAUGCUUCAGAGGAGAAGGCAGCCAACCAGAUCCGCAAGUGCCAGCAGAGCACAUCUGCGGUCAUCGGGGUGCGCGUGUGUGGCAUGCAGGUGUACCAGGCAGGCAGUGGGCAGCUCAUGUUUAUGAACAAGUACCACGGGCGGAAGCUGUCAGUGCAGGGCUUCAAGGAGGCACUUUUCCAGUUCUUCCACAACGGGCGGUACCUGCGCCGAGAGCUCCUGGGCCCUGUGCUCAAGAAGCUGGCUGAGCUCAAGGCAGUGUUAGAGCGACAGGAAUCCUACCGCUUCUACUCAAGCUCCUUGCUGGUCAUCUACGAUGGUAAGGAGUGGCCGGAGGUGGCCCUGGACUCAGAUGCUGAGGACUUGGAGGACCUGUCAGAGGAGUCAGCCGACGAGUCUGCUGGUGCCUAUGCCUACAAGCCCAUUGGCACCAGCUCAGUGGACGUGCGCAUGAUUGACUUUGCACACACCACCUGCAGGCUGUAUGGCGAGGACAGUGUGGUGCAUGAGGGCCAGGACGCUGGCUAUAUCUUUGGGCUCCAGAGCCUGAUAGACAUUGUCACAGAAAUAAGCGAGGAGAGUGGAGAGUGAGCCUGCCGACUGCACUGGAACCUGAGAGACUCGUUAGUCCCAGACCAGCUGUGCUGCGUCAGGGAGGCGUGGAGGAGGCCAGCCUGGCCAGGCGGUUGCCCCUGCAGCCUGGAGCUGACCCCCAGAGGCCUCUGUGAGCCCUGGCCUGAGCCAGCCCCAGCUGCCCUCGGAGUCUUUAUUUAUUUUAACUGUUUCUUCAACAUUCCACAUUUGAUGAUGCAGAUACCUCUUUCUUCCCUGAGUGUAAACGUUCCAAUACAGAUCUUUUUGUUAAUUGUA